AUGAUUGGAUAUGAAAAAAAGAGCAUGCGCCGGUCAUUGCGCAAGAUUCAUCCCGGGCCAACUUCCGCUUUCCGCCCCGAAGCGAGAGACAGACAGGAUUUCAAGCUUGAGCGAGAAGGGUUUGGUGGACUGGCACAAAUCACAUCAGGCGGCACUGAUAUGUAUCGGCUGGCAGCCCUCUCCGAUAUUCUGCGCACUGCGGGCACUGUCAAGCACGGGUCACCGUCCAUCGCCCUGGUUCAUGCAGGCGCCACGAACCCUGGGCGAGUGGCAGCGGGCGGGACAAGGCCCAUCAGCCGUUCUGGAGACUGGCACCCCGGACUGGCUUAUACUGCCAAUGAGAGCAACAGCGUGACACGAGCACCGGAGAAGUUUGCCCGCGCGCAGUACUGGGCCAUUGUCAUGGCCCGGGAGGACAGAAGACUGGGAAGACUGGCAGGCCAUGGACCGUGGUGCGGCAACCCUGUCAUCAGCGAGCAUAUCCAAUUAUUUGGAGGUUGGGGGGCCGCAACAAGUGGUUUCUGCAAAAACUCGGUCAAUCGACGUGGCGGUGACCCAAUGGGUCAAGACCAAGCCUCAGCAGUCUAUUAUUGGUGGCGUGGCAGCCGGGCUACUCGUACAUGCCGGGCUUUGAUGCCCAACACAACUGCGGGCGGCGGAGAAGCGAGCACCAGCAGCAUGCAGACGUGGUGCGGUGCGGUGCGGCGCGGCGCGGCGUACACACAUCUCGUCAUCUUUUUAGCCCGUUUGAAUAUGCACUGGGCAUUCUGCAGCAACGGGCCGCUGAUGCCGGCAGCCAUGGCCCACCAGCAUGAACAGAAGACGACCAAGGAGAAUGGAGAGCGAUUGCAGCAAAUGAGCCAGUCGCUCGCACGCCACCAACCUGCAAGUGUGGGUGGCCUUUUUCCUCAUGCCAAUUCUGCGGGCAUAGGUCGGCCCUUCUGCAGAAACUCUGAGCCUGGGCUGCCGCAUAUCAAGACGGCCACGUGA